AUGUCAAGAAGAUACGAUUAGAAGACUACUACAUUUACUAAUGAUGGUAAAUUAUUGUAAGUUUAAUAUGCUAUUGAAGCUAUUAACAAAACUGGCAGUGCUAUUGGUAUUUUAACAAAGGAAGGUAUUGUUUUAACUACUGAGCGUUAGGACGUAAGCUCUCUUUUGGAAGCUCCUACUCAUUCCGAAAAGAUUUUCUAGUUAGAUUCUCAUUUGUACUCCGUUGUCAACGGUUUAACCGCUGAUGCAAAUUACUUGAUCGACAUUGCUAGAGUCGAAGCAUAAAACUACAAAUAUCAUUAUGGUGGUGAAAAUAUCCCCAUCGAAUAGCUCAUCGUUAAGAUCUGCGAUAUUAAGUAAUCUUAUACUCAAAUUGGAGGUUUGAGACCUUUCGGUGCAGCCUUCCUUUUCGCUGGUCACGACCGUCAUUUAGGAUAUCAACUCUAUUCUACUGAUCCCUCUGGUAAUUAUUUCGGCUGGAAAGCUAUCGCCAUCGGUCAAAAGAAUGCUGAAGCCAACGGUUUACUCAAGCCAUCUUAUAAAGUUGAUAUCACCCUUGAGGAAGGUAUCAACUUAGGUAUCAAGGCCCUUGUUAAAACUAUGGAUACCGCUAAUCCCUCUCCUAAAAAGAUUGAAAUGGUUGUUAUUAGCGAAAACAAAACCUCUAAAAAAAUAGAAGGACGUACCCUCAAAGAAGCUGAAAUCAGAGCUCUUUUAGAAAAAAAUGGUUUCAAUGCUGAAAAGUGA